UAGCCACUCCUCCGUUGGCAUACGGAUGCUGGCAAUGAUAGCUAACAACUAGCUUGUGUUUUCGCAUUUUGAAAAAAGAUGGCUGGGGACCUGCGAGGUUUUGCGCUGGAAAAAGCCGAGCUGCUCUCCAUCCGUUUGAAGGAGCUCCUGUCUUCGGGACAAGGAUAUGUUCGGGCUCAGUUCGGGGUGGAUUUGGGUCUGAAACCUGAUGUGUACCCGACGUGGGUCGUCCUGUCCACGGCCGCGGCGGGUCUGCUGAUGCUCCUGUGUCUGUCCUGGGCCGCCGUCUGUGGCGGUGCGUUUGUCGGGAAAAAGCGGGGCUCCCCGGUCACUCAAGGCAACGGUGAGCCUGGCAAGGCCAGUUUUGCCAAAGCUGCCAAACCAGAAGAACAGAAAAAGAGGAACAAAAAGAAAGCGACUGAAAAGAACACUCAAUCCAAUGGACAACCCGUGGCUGUUGCUCAGGAGGAAGUCAAAGUGACGGAAGUAGUUUCCAAACUUGCCCAGCAGAUUAAAACCGAGAAGGUGCAUGAGGGACAGGCCCCAUUGCAGGUGAAAAAGAACAAGAAAAAAAACAAGACAGAUGUGAAACCAGUCCAACAUGUGUCUACAAAUGACGGAAAAGAACCUGAUGAUGGUGCAUGGGAGACCAAAGUCAGUAACCGAGAGAAGAGACAGCAACGCAGGAAGGACAAGGGCCCCGAGGACUCUGGUGGCCCUGGAGGGCUGGAGACUCCCAAGAGCAACGUGGAGGCACCUGUGGCCACAGCACCUGUCAACACAAAGAAGAACAGAGGAAAUCAGGAGUCCCUGCAUUCAAGAACUACUGGAAAGGGGGAGACAGCCACUGGAGCUGUGUCCUCCAGGUGGAGAGAGGAGCCAUCCGUUAAUGGUGGAGGUUGGACCCAUGUCAACUUGCCUGUGAAGAUCCCACGUCAGAUGGGUUCCAUGGAGGGGACCAAGUGGAGUGCCAUCUCCACGGCUACACAUUACAGGCCCCCCUCUAAGCCUCAGUCUUGGGGACAAGAAACACAAGCAGCAUGGAGUGGCAUUGAUGGCCGGAUAAAGACUGACCUCAACCCCGUCACCUUCUCCAUGCUGGGACUGAACACCACAGACCCAAUAUCAAAUACAAUGGAGCUUCAGUGGGCGAGGCGGCCUGAUGUUGACGUUGAUAACGAAUGGUCUGGAUUCAAUGGGAUGGCACCAGUAGACCCUAGCUCUGACUGGAGUGCUCCUGAAGUGCCCUGGGAAAACUACGAAGAGCCCCCUGUGGUGGUGACACCAGCACCUCCAGUGAAGGAACAGCCUGUCCCCAACAAGGUAUUAGAGGACGAGAAGGACACUGACGACCCCUCCGAUGGAGCAGCCAAAUCCAAAAAGAAGAGGAAAAAGAAGAAGAAAACAAAAGAGGAGGCUGCAGCUGAGGCUCAGAUGGUGAGCACAGUGCCACUGGUCAAUACAACACCUAAACCCCAAGAGCCUCCUGUGCCGGCCACCAAAAAGCAGAAUCCCAGCAUAUCAACCUCUCAGAAGAAGUCUGAGCAGACUGCGGAGCCUCCGAAGCACUCCCAGAAGAAAAAGGCCCAAAGGGAAACAUGAAGUCGCAUCACAGGUUCACACAAAGCAUAUGCAAAUGAUUGUAAAACGUGUCACAUGCAAUAAUUACCAGGUACAGAGUUUCUUUCUGAGAUACACAAACAGUUUAUGAGUUACCGAAACAAAAAGAAAGCUAGCGGUGGAUAUCACCUGCUUGGCUAAAUAUAGAGAUGAAAUGUGGUCCUGUGGACUGCAGUCUUAACUAAUUUGCACUAUUUGCUACACUGCAACCAGAGCGGAGUUUCAGGGGAGGUGGCCUCGCAGUGGAGGUACAUGUUCAUGUGAUUAUUUUUCAUGGCAUCAAAAGUUGUUUUUUUUCCCCCCUCCAGGUGUUUGUAAUUGUUAACCCAAAAAUAUAAAAUGGGUUUUAUUUUUUAUUAUAUGAAAAUUUACAUGAGAAGCAUACAUUUUUGUUCCUCAGAAUACUGCACUUUGUUUUGUUUGCCAUGCUUCUGCCUCUAUAUCAAUAAUGAAAUGUGUGGGAGCAAGCUGCAUGUGAGAGCUGGUUUCCAAUCAGGAUACAGUAGUUAAACACUCACAUAACCACGUCUUCAUUCGUCCUGGCCAUGAUGUCAUACCCUCAUAGUGCAACUACAAUGUAAGAAAUUGGAGACAAAAAUGCACUCAAGUUUAUCUCAAGCUAAUAUGAGGCACAGUACAAAAUUCUCUCCUUGUGUUUUCUUGGUUAGGUGUGAGGGAUACAUCCUGGCAGUCACAUAGAGGUUUGUUGCCAUGACAAAACUCUGAUAAUAAACCUACACGUGACUGCCAGGACCAAGGUUUGAUUUGGCUGUUCUCAGACUGCUGAAGCCUCGUAUUAGUUUUGGCUGUACGUUAGGUGGCAUUUGUGCACAGUAAGGCCCUGAUCAGACAAAGCACGUUUUAGCAGCCAGGGGUGGCUUUUUGUGAUGGUUUUCAGUGAGGGCGAAGUGUUUUGCUCACCGCUUUUGUGUUGCUUAGCGCCUCACAAUUUUAGGCUCUGUGCACCUCGUGUUUUCGCAGGAGUGCCCUGAAUGCCUUGAGUUGAAAUAAUUUCAAUACAGAGUGGAAAAAGCUCCAAACGUCACUGGUGUUUUUGCCCCACUGCCCAGUCAGAUAAAUAGAGAGGCAGGUCCUCUGAGGUGGCAAUGACACGAUGUCAACCUAAUGUGAGCUCACUUUCAGCAUCACCUUAGGCAAGCUGCAAAACAUAUCUGAACGAACUCUCUUCUACUACUUUUACCAACCAUAAUUAGGCCCGACGAAGGUGUGACUGCACAGCCAGUACGCACAGGAGAAGUGUUCACAGCAACCGACUGUGACUCUUUAAACAAAGUUACAUGUGAGUGCUGUUAGGACAGGUUUGCCUAUCCUUUAAUUUAAAGUAAAAUCUUAAAAAAAUCUAUCCUUUGUGUUUAAACACUUAUUGCCUGUAGCCUGUGUAGUUUAUACAAGCUCCUUAAUAAAGAUUGGCAGCUGUUACCAGGUUGUUUCACAGCAGGCCAUAGAAACUUCUCCACAACCACUCCUGUAAUGUACCCCACCUCUUCACCAUCCACACGUGUGGUAGCAUGUUCCAAACAGUUGUUGUUUUGCCAAAAUAUGGUUACAUGCACUAUUAACCUGAGCUUCAGAGCUGUGCGGAGAGGCAUAGCAAGACACUCACUAUGUUUACAUGCACAUAAUAUUCUGGGUUUUGCCCUUAUCCCGAAAAAGACAAUGUUCCUACAAAGGUGUUUACAUGGCUAAUAGAAACAAAACUUUCACUAAUAGCCACUUUUUCUGGUUUUUCACCAGUAAUAGACUUGCUUGACGCUGCAAACACAGCCUUCCUCUUUGAAUCCUUUAACCACCUUCUUGAAACAUUAAGCAUUUGCACAUAUCAAAAAAACCUAUUGAUAUCCAAGCCUUUCAUAGAGUUUAAAAGUAGGUGUGUUUUUCUUUCCGACCAGAAAUGUGGGCUUUUCUCGUGGGCGUGUAUCUCUACCCCACAGCCUUACUAACUGUUGGUUUGUGUACAACGCAUCCAUUACAGUGCACAGAGUUGACCUUCAACAGACAAGGGGCUGUGUAAAAUCCCUGAUUGAGACGCACAUUCAGAAUGCGAUGUAUACAUCUUUGAAGAAUGCUCCUGAAACCUGAAUAAUACCAGCACAUCCCACGUGUCUUAGGCCCUAGUCUCUAUAUACAGACUCUACAUUCAGUGAAUGUAGAGUCUGUAGGCAAACCCCGGAGAUCUUGCCUCUGGAAGAAGAGCGGAAGAGCCCUGGUUUCCGGUUGUAGGCUGUUUGUAGUCCGCGUGAUAUUGACCAAUCACAUUUGAGCCAGCUGUAGUUGUUGCCAGGUUUAACGGUCUGUGCGGUGAACUAACGAGACGGAACAUAAUUGGCGUCACUGCAAACUCUGAAUCCAUCGCAACUGUUCAGUAUAUUUACUUAUAUGUAAACGGAAGUCGGAAACAGAAAUUCGCCUCCUCCGCCCAAAUCAAACCGGAAUGCCAAAAAAACGGGGGUCUGCACCCAGAGGCUGUAUUGCCGUCUCCCGGAAGUCAGACGCCAAAUACAGCCAAUGGGUUCCAAGAAUGCUUAGGCCCCAAUCACACGGGAUGAUUUUAAUUGAAUGCUACUAACGAAUGCCAGGCAACCACACCAUCAUCUCCUUAUCGUAACCUUGUUGUGUGAUCAAUCUACCGUGAAUUUAUUAAUGUUAUUUAUUUCACAGUAAUUAGUAGGUUGUUACUAAAUUGUUCAGGCAGAGGGUACUUGCUGUAGCUUUGGUUGAGGGUGAGGGGCUGUCAGCAAAUAGUUUGUUCGGCACAGGGAAACAGACAUCUGUGUGGGUACAUUAGGCCCUAAAAAAGAGGUCGGGUCAUGGAGAGUACCACUACUUGGUCCAGGAGCUUCGCCUCGAUGAUGGCCAUUUCCAGGCGUAUUUAGGAUGACUCGGGGGCAGUUUGACAACCAGCAACCGCUACCAUCAGUUUCUCCUCCAUUGUAUACCAACUGUAAACUUGUUGCUGUGAAUCAUCCCAUCCCGUCACAACGCAGAAACAGCAAGCAAAUGUCACUGGUGUUUUCGCCCCACUGCCCAAUCAGAUGAAUAGAGAGGGAAGGUCCUCUGAGAUGGCGAUGACACGAUGUCAACCUAAUGUGAGCUCACUUUCAGCGUCAUUCUCAUUUAAAACAAUUACAAAAAGGUGCCUCCAGCUGCUCAAUCAUUUUCCGUGUGAUCAAGGCUGUAAUUGGAAAAUGCUUUACUCUGAAAAAAGUUUUAAUUCAGGAUGUAUUCAAACAGAAUAUGCUGUUUGUGUGACCCCUGUCACAUUCAGAAUAUUGUCGUUUUGGAAAUAAAAGUCAAAAGUUUGUGUGCAUGUAAACAUACCCAGUGAUGUAGUGUAUUUAGCCAGAGUUUGUUGAAACUGUAAUGACAUCUGGAACGGUACUGAUUCAUCAGUUAUGGAUCAGAUCAGAUCCUUUCUUCAAAGAUGAUGCUAAAUUUGAAAUUUGGACAUUGUAAACUGAUUCUGGAUACACACUGAGGACUGUAGAGAACUCAUGUAGAAAGCACAGUAACUGAUAUCAACCACCAGGAGGCACUGUAAUGUGAAGUAAAGGAGUUGUGGGAUUAUCCCAGAAAGCAGUAGUACUAUUAAGUAUUGUCCAUCUACUUUUAUCAUUCUGAGUGUGUUAACUGAUUAGACUGUGCGUUUAUUUCCUAGAGACUUAAUGGUCCCUUCUGCACUCAUAUCCUUUUAUUAUUAUUUUUUUUAAUUCUUCCAGUUUUUGUACUAGAAAAAGCCAUGCCAUAUGUACAGAUUGUAAGGGCUUUUUCCAGUUCUGUGAUUGCACUGUGCAAAAGGCUGUAUUGAGUUCCUUUUCAUGUCGACGAAUUGUUUUUUACUACCUUUUUGCAGAAUGUGAAAUGUGUUGGUUUUUAUUUUUGUUUUGCUUUGUUGAACCUAACGUCAGGUUCUAUGAUGAGGAUUUUUUUUUUCUUGACAUAAAUUGAGAAUGAAGACAUACAGAGGUAUAACAUGGAUCAGCUUUAAGUCCACAUCAAAGUUGGUUUUAAACAAGACACACACACACACACACACACACACACACACAUACAUAUAAAAGGAAUUGAAUUCCACUGCCUUAACCUGUAGUUGUAGAGAAAGUGCAUUGGCAUCCUUUUUUAUAGUUUCCGACCUCUUGCAAGUUUUGAUGUCAGAACUUAAUUUCAUCUUGCAUGACUUUGAUAACAGUACUUGUGUACAUGAAAUGAAAUGAACGAUCUCUCGCUUUAACUGUUAGUACUUUGUUCAGGAGUACCACUCAGUGUAUAUACUGUAAUAGCUUUUUUAAUGAGACAAAUUGCAGCUUUUCUGUGGGCAUCCAGUUUAGCGGACAUUAACAGGACUCUGCUGAUGGUAGUCAAAGAGCCUGUGUGCAUCAAGGUGUUGAUCAGCUGGUGGUGAUGCAUAGAUUUUAGUAGAGCUGAUAGAACAAAUCAAUACCAUGUCGCUGUGUUUUCAGACGCCCUUCUUUUUUUUGUUUAAUUUCUACUGAUGAUUAAAAUGGAUCCAAUCUAUGUAUUUAUAUACUUGUCUCUAGGACAUGGUUAUGUGAAUGAUUUUGUUUAUUGAGGAGAUACAAAUGAUAUUUCUAUGUUUGUUUGGUAAAAAUAAAUGAGAAUUGCUUGAUAUCA